AGCCAAGCUCCCUCUCAUUCCCUACUUAAAGCCAUCAACGCUCUUGAAGCUGCUUCACCAACAGCUCUUCCCGCUUUUCUUAUCUCGUUAUACUCACCACAAAGGUUGUCGAUCGAUCGGAAUCGGAGAUCAUUUCGAUUUUGAGAUUCGCGAAGCUGCAGGUUCUAAUAAUGGCUGCCGAGAGAAAGGAGAAGAUGGUCAAGAAGUUGCAGAAGACCUACUUCGACGUGCUUGGAUUGUGCUGCUCGUCGGAGGUGCCUCUUAUCCAGAGCAUCCUGAAAGCUCUCGACGGAAUCAAGGAGUUUUCCGUCAUCGUGCCUUCCAGAACCGUCAUUGUCGUCCAUGAUAGUCUUGUAAUCUCACAAGCUCAGAUCGUUAAGGCACUGAAUCAAGCAAGAUUUGAAGCAAAUGUGAGAACAGCUAAUGGGACAGAGAAGCUGCGAAGGAGAAUGCCAAGCCCAAAUGCAAUGGUUUGUGGGGUGUUGCUUUUGCUUGCCUUGUUAAAGUUUGUGUACCGUCCUUUGGAAUACCUCGCCCUCGGUGCUGUAGCUGCUGGUGCUUACCGUAUUAUUUUGAAAGCCCUGGCCUCCAUUCGCAACCUUAGGCUUGACAUAAAUAUUCUCAUGCUCAUUGCAGUUACUGCGACAAUUGCUAUGGCUGAUUAUUUGGAAGCGGGCACCAUAGUUUUUCUAUCUUCAAUUGCAGAAUGGCUAGAGUCCAUGGCAAGCCACAAGGCCAGCGCAGCGAUGUCGUCGCUGACGAACAUAGCCCCUCAGAAAGCAGUGAUAGCAGAAACAGGAGAAGCGGUCGACGCCGAUGAAGUUACAGUGAACACCAUUGUAGCCAUUAAAGCAGGUGAAGUGAUACCCAUUGAUGGAAUUGUUGUCGAAGGCAUCUGCGAAGUUGAUGAGAAGACAUUGAGCGGCGAGUCAUACCCUGUACUCAAACAGAAGGACUCUCCUGUGUGGGCUGGUACAAUCAACUUAAACGGUUACAUUGAUGUGAAAACUACUACGCUAUACGAGGAUUGUGUGGUGGCCAAAAUGGCGAAGCUUGUGGAAGAAGCUCAAAACAGCAAAACCAGCACCCAGAGAUCGAUUGACAAAUUUGCCAAAUUUUACACCCCAGCUGUUGUGGUCGUAUCAACUCUUCUAGCGGUGAUUCCACUUGCGUUACGAGUAAAGAAUCAGAGACACUGGUUUCAUUUUGCCUUGGUUGUUUUAGUAAGUGCAUGUCCUUGUGCACUUAUCCUUUCUACUCCAGUUGCUACUUUCUGUGCUUAUACUAAAGCAGCUAAAUCCGGUCUUCUCAUCAAAGGAGGUGACUAUCUUGAAACCCUGGCAAAAAUUAAGGUGAUGGCUUUUGACAAAACUGGUACUAUCACGAAAGGGGAAUUUUUGGUGUCAAAUUUCCAGUCUCUUUGUGAUGAUAUCGAUCUGAACACGUUACUACAAUGGGUCACAAGCAUCGAAAGCAAGUCAAGCCAUCCGAUUGCAGGAGCAAUUGUGGACUACGGAAGGUCACUCUCCAUUGAACCCAAGCCUGAAAAGGUAACAGAAUUUGAAAAUUUUCCUGGAGAGGGCAUUCAUGGAAAAAUUGAUGGGAGAGAUAUUUACAUCGGAAAUAGAAAAAUUGUCACUAGAGCUGGGUCUGAACCAGUUCCUGCCUUACAAGGUGAUAUUCUGGUUGGAAAGACAACUGGCUUCAUAUACUCUGAAGCUACGCCGAUUGGAUUUUUCUCUCUGACAGACGCUUGCCGAUCUGGCGCUCAGGAGGCAAUAGGGCAGCUGAAGUCAUUGAACAUCAAAACCUCAAUGCUCACAGGGGAUAGUCAAGCAGCUGCCAUGCAAGCAUAUGGCCAGUUAGGGCAUGUUCUGGAGGUAGUACAUGCAGAACUUAUACCCGAAGACAAAGCAAAAAUUAUCAAAGAAUUCAAGAAAGAAGGACCAACGGCCAUGGUUGGUGAUGGCAUAAAUGAUGCACCUGCACUGGCGGUGGCCGAUAUUGGUAUCUCAAUGGGGAUAUCAGGUUCGGCGCUAGCAAGUGAGACCGGCAAUAUCAUCCUUAUGUCAAAUGAUCUAAGGAAGAUACCUCAAGCCAUCAAGCUUGCUCGAAAAUCCCACAAGAAAGUAAUAGAAAAUAUUAUGUUGUCAGCAAUUACUAAAGCUGCGAUUCUUGGCUUGGCCAUAGCGGGUCAUCCAGUUGUUUGGGCAGCAGUUCUUGCUGAUGUAGGAACGUGCGUGUUGGUGAUCUUAAACAGCAUGCUACUUUUGAAUGGGUCAUCCAAGCAUAAAGGAAAAUGUUGUAGACCUUCCAUUGGACUACACAUCCAUAAAGAUGGAUGCAAGGCACCUAAUGACAAGUUCUCUUGUCAUCAUCAUCAUGAACACAGACACCAGCAACAGAACCAUCACCAUUGUUUCUCAGACGAGAAGAAAGUGAUAUCUCAUCCUAAUAAAUGUGCCUCAAAGUGCCAGUCUAGCCCUGCAUUUUCAGGCUCGUGUGGACAUUCUAUGCAUGGCAAUAUCAUGGGGACUCAUGCUCAAUGUAAAGUCAAUGCCGAGUUCCAUGAAGCCAAGCAUUACCAUCACGGAAGCUGCGACAAGAAUCAAGAUGGAGUCCAUUUGCAUGAUGUGGAAAAUCUAAGUUGUCUGGGUUCUCACAAUAUGGAUGUGCCUGUAGAAGAGAAGCAUGCGACUGCAUUAAACAGCAUUGGCUGUCUGGAACAUAGCAAGUCCCAUGAAACAGUACACUGCCAUAAUGGAAACUGUGACAUGGGAAUUCAUGGUAGACCAUCACUAAUUUCUUCUUGCCAUCUCAAUUCUUCUACUUCAAAUAAUUUCCAUCAAUUUGGCAGUAAACAUUGCCACUUAAUCACCGGUUGUGAAAAUGCAAAAUGUCAUGCUAUUGGGCAUCAGAACCCAGAUUCUCAUUCUGAAUCUGCCAAGAAGCACCAAGAAGAUCACGUAUGUGUUGAGAUCGACAAUGAGCAUAUCAAGUCAGCCUCAAUGCAAUCUUGUAUGUGUUUGGAAGAGCAAGAAUCUGGGUCCUGUCACAAUGGCUGUGCGGAAGAAUGUAAAACAUCCACUGUUGCGUGCACUUGUGAGUGUUCAAAUGACAGACAAGUUGAUGCAUGUUGCAUAAGCGAGGGCUCUUCAAAGAAAUCCACAGAUUUUUCUGUUGCGCAUGCUUGUGCUAGUUUAGACAAGAGAGGGAGGGGUGCAUGCUGCAAAAGCUACAUGAAGAAAUGCUGUGGCAAGGAUGAACAUUUACAUGCUGGUUUUGUAGGAGGCCUAUCAGAUAUUGCCAUUGAAUAGUUUUUUGCUGAUGUCAGCAUGUCUUGCAAAUUACAAGUCACCGGGUAUGUAAUAAACGAUGUUGUAUUGUGUCCUGUCCUAUGCUUGUAUGAGACACAAUGUGACACUUCAAAUUUCACCACUUCAGUAUAUAUUUAUUCCAUGCACUUUGAAUAGAGGAAAUUCUCCUUUGGAAGUACGAGUAUCUACAUCUUAGUAUCA